AUGACGUUCGUUCAGGUCAGUCGGGAUCUGCAGCAGCAGCUGGUGCUGUUGCGCCUGCAUCUGGAGCAGCCGGCCAUGCAAUUUCCAGAGAUUUGGCUGCGCGACAAUUGCCAGUGCCCCAAAUGCUAUAUGCAACAGACGCGCAGUCGCCUGCCGCACGGCUGGAACUGUCUGGACACCGGGGUGCGACUGCAGCAGCUCAGCUGGUGUGCGGAGCAGCAGGCGCUGCUGAUAGACUGGAGCGAUGGGCAUCAGUCCAGCUAUGCGCUGGGCUGGCUCAAGGCGCGUGAUUUCUCGCCCGCGAAUCGCGCGCGUUAUUUGCGCGACAUUUACCGCCCCGAGCGCCGGCACUGGUCCGGCCUGGAGUUCGCCCAGAUACAGCGCGAAUUCCAGUACGAGGAGCUGCUGCGCAACGAUGAGACGCUGCUGCAGUGGCUGCACCAGCUGGCCGUCCAUGGCCUGGCGCUGAUUCGGCAGGCGCCGCUGGAGGCGCACGUGCUGCGGCAGCUGUGCCACCGGGUGGGCUUCAUGCGGCGCACCACGUACGGCGUUGAGUGGAGCGUUCGGGCGCAGCCCGGCGCCAGCAAUUAUGCGUAUAUGGCGGCGCCGCUACCGCUGCACACGGACAUGCCCUACUUUGAGUACAAGCCGAGCAUUACGCUGUUGCACACGUUGCAGCAAUCCGAAUCACCUGGCGGCUGGAAUCUGCUCAGCGAUGCGUUCCAUGUGGCCGAUCUGUUGCGGCAGCGGGAGCCGAGCGCCUUUCAGGUGCUCAGUGGCACGCCCGUCGAUUGGGCGGACAUUGGCAGCGACAAGGAGCUCUACUUUCACAAUAUAUGGCGUGCGCCGGUCAUCAACCUGGAUGCCAAGGGUCGUUACGUGCGCAUCAACCACAGCAUUCCGCAGCGCGACAGCCACUUCAGCGUGCCCCCGGAGCAGGUGCGUCCCUGGUAUGAGGCCAUGGCCAUGUUUAUACGCCUGGCCAACGAGGAGGCAUGCACCUUUAAGACAACACCUGGCGAUAUUCUUACCUUCGAUAAUGUGCGCAUGGUGCAUGGCCGCACCGGCUACGAUGAUACGGAUCACAAUGUGCGGCACAUUGUUGGCGCCUUCCUCGACUGGGACAUUGCCUAUUCCCGCUGGCGUGUCCUCCGGAAUGCGCUCGGGCAUAACAAGUAG